UGUCUGUCUGUCUGUCUGUCUGUCUGUCUGUCUCUCUCCUCUUGUAUAGCGUCUCUGACACGAGUCAGACUGGGGGGGUAGGACGACACUGACUAACUCCACACUGAAAGAAUAAGGUGCCUGACAGGAAUGUGUUUGUGUUAGCGUAAUGGCUGUGUGUUUGUGAGUGAACUCUCUCCUGACCCUCCCUCGCCACACCUGCAGACACGAGAGGACUUACACACACACACACACACACACACACACACACACACACACACGGGGGGGUGGGGUGGUGGUGUAAUAUAAUCACAGAUAUAUGAUAAAUAAAUGGCCGAUACUGAUAUCACGCAUAUAUGACUUGGCCGAUACUGCUUGAAUGUAGCCUACGUUAGGUAGUCUGGGCAUGGCAGAAUGUGCAAAUAUUUCAUGCCAUUUUAUAAAUGCAUCAUUUUUAAUUAAAGAUUAUUUUGAAGUCCUGCCUGCUGGGGCCACUUCUGAAAUGGAGUCAGUGUUGUGAAGGUCUAAUUCUAUUUUUUGUAUUGAUGUUGGAAGCUGAACAAUCAGAUAAAACGUGUUUGUGUCCACCAGCGUCUGUACAGCUUGUUUGGAAGGGAAUCAAACGAGAAAUGUAGCAUUUAGAUGCACAGAAAUAAAGUCAUCAUGACCAAUAUGAAGAUUCAACAAAAUGGGAAUGUUUGAACAUGGCAGCGCUGAAUACGGGACCCCCGUUUCAACUCUGAACUUUUAGAACUGACGGAAAGGCUAACUAUGACAGCUCCUGCUGCUGUUGCCAAGCAACGCCCGACGCCUUGUGUCACAAUACGGGUGGCAGGUCUUCGGUGGAUGGAAGGGUGAGUUGUCCAAUCAGGACUCGGCACAGAAGUUGUGGCCAUUGUUACGGCCAAUAUGCGCACAUGGUGGGCGUGAGAGGGGAAACUAGAAUGUUGAACAAUUUUUGAAACAAUUUCUCAAAGCAAAGCCGCAAGAGAGAAGACAAUUUAUACGCCUAGUGAUUGAAUAGCUUAGAGGAGGCGGCGGAUCGGCUUACAUUCUCAAUUUCCAUGGGGUCGAAAGACCUUUUCAUGAAUUGGCUCUUUCAAUAGAUGGGCCGGCAACAAUAAGUACAAUGUAAUGUGAUGUCAGUGUUGCGUUUAAAUGAAUAUUUUGCCGGAAUCAAACAUAUUUAUAUAUCAAGGGUUUAGACUUAAAAUGUGUUGACUUCUCUUCUUACCAAAAACGAACAGAGAAUCAAAGCGCCAUGUCGGCAGAUAUUAGUUUAUUUGAUCUGGUCAAUCUAUCUAUCGGGACUCCGGAGCCCGGAGCCGUCCAGUUCAACGCUCUCCACACGCUCCUGCACGCCCUCAUCAAGCACCUCAACCUCCAGGAUGUCAAGACCGAGUGGCUCGAGCAGGCGCAGGACCCGAGCCGAGACUUCAAGACUCCCCCGCCACCGGAUGCCCAGCUGGUGCCGGUGCCGCGGGAGAAGCCCAGCUUGUACCAUCACAUGGAGGGCAAACUGCGGCACAUCGAGAAGCAGAUGUCCGCCCUGGACCGACUGCCCAGCGGCACCGAACUGCUGAGCCGCAGCGCCUCCGGGACUGCCGGUACCGGGACCCCGGUCAGCGACAUGUGGCAGCUCAUGCAGGUCCGGAGGAAAGUUCAGGCCAACGAGGACGGAGUGUCCAAGUGUAUGGGACUUAUCCAGGACCUGAUGAAGGAAAUUCAGGAGCUUACGGAGAGCAGAGACAAUCUGAAAACAGAGGUGAAGACUCUCAACAACCAGCUCACCAAGCUGGGUGAGAGUGACCUGUCUGACCGAGUGAACGCUCUGGAGAAGUGCUGCCACCUAGUGGAGGAUCUGGAGAAGAACAUGGUGGCUCUUUUUAAAAUCCUAAUUUAAUAGCCAUUCUGGCUGGAAAUACUACAAAAUAACAGUGCAGUGUUGUUUGAUACAUCCACACAUU